AUGACUCGCUCUGAUCCUGACGACGUGCCGAAGAUCUCGGAGCAUCCGUCCGACGUCGUCGCGCUCCGGGACGACCCUGCUCAGCUGAACUGUGGAGCUGACGGCGCAACGCAGGUCCAGUGGUUCCACAAAGGAAAAUUAGUUCGGAACAAAGGUGGCCGUACCACGUCGCCUCUAGGGGUUUUGUUUUUCCUCUCAGUCUCUCAUGCUGACACCGGCGUCUAUUGGUGCGAGGUUUCCAACUCCAAAGGAACAACGCGAAGUCGGAACGCCACUCUGAACAUCGCCUAUCUGCGCGAGGAGUUCAAGGUGACCCCGCUCGACACAGGAGUGGCUGUCGGAGACACGGUGAUUCUCGAGUGUGAUCCUCCGGCGGGGCUUCCUCGACCCGAGGUUCAAUGGCUCAAAGAGGGUCAACCGGUCAACGUGGGCUCAGGUCGGAGUCGGAUAAGAUUCUCGGAUAAUUCUGGUAAUCUAGUCAUCCAGGAUGUUCGCUCGGCGGAUCAGGGCAGCUACGUGUGCAAAGCCGAGAACAUGGUCGGAAUUCGGGAAACGCCCGCUGCACGCGUGCGAGUUCACAGCGCGCCGGUCUUUGUCGUAAGGCCCGAGGACACAACGGUCGUUGCUUACGACAACGACGUUCGAUUGGACUGCAGCGCAGGAGGCGAACCCAGUCCCGUGAUCAGAUGGAAACGCCGUGAGGGUGAAGUGCGACAACUUUCGACGGGAGAACGCGUCAAGGUCACCGAUGGAACGCCGACCACUAACCGGUCGUCGUCCUCACUCGAGAUCCUGAAUGUUGUUCCUGAAGAUGAAGGAGACUAUGUCUGCGAGGCCGAGAACCCCGCGGAUACCAUCAGCGCCACGGCCAGAGUCACGGUUCACGCUCGACCCGUGUUCCUCGUGCGUCCUCAAGAUCAGAAAACUAGUCUGAAUGGCGUCGUGAGCUUCCAAUGUAUGGCCACCGGAAGUCCGAAACCGAAUAUUUAUUGGACCAAAGAAGGAAAUCAGGCGAAUCUCAUGUUCCCGAAUAACACUUACGGCAGAAUCCACAUCGAUCAUUCCGGCGUUCUCAGUAUUGCCGGAGUGAAGAAGGAAGAUGAGGGAUUCUACGUUUGCUCAGCGCUCUCGGCAAUCGGUUCAAUUAUGACGAAAGGUCAGCUCGAAGUCACCACGCUCGGGGACCUGCCUCCACCGCUAAUUGAAGUGGGCCCCAUGAACCAAACCAUUCCGGAGGGCCAGCCCGUCACUUUACCCUGUGAGGUGUCCGGGGUUCCAUCACCCGAGGUUCAGUGGCAUUUUAAUAAAGACGUUCUCGACGAGGAAGAUGAAGACAGGAUCACGAUCGAUAGUCAAGGCACCCUGACAAUUCAAGAUCUCCGCUUCGAGGACAGCGGCAUUUAUACGUGCGUUGCGUCGAGCGAAAGCGGCGAAACCCGUCAGGCGGCCGCCUUGAACGUCGCAUCCGUGCACGAUCCGAACGUCGCGUUCUCCCGGGCCCCGUCACCCGCGCUCCUACCCUCCGCACCGUCUAAGCCUCGAACGAUGAAUGUGAGCGAUACUUCGGUGACGCUCGCUUGGGAUAGGCCGCAGGACGAGUCCAUGGGCGGCUUCCACAAAAUCAAAGCCUACACCAUCGAGUACUUCAGCGCCGAUCUGCAGUCGGGCUGGGUGACGGUGGCCAACCGGAUCGGCUCUGAAAUCUACACCGUGAGCAGCUUGAAGCCCGAGACCAGAUACGUAUUUCUGAUCCGAGCAGAGAACGCUCUCGGUACGGGAAGACCGUCGGAACUGUCGAAGGUCGUCAAAACGCUCGGCAGCCGAACGAUCGGCGCUCCCGACCACUAUCUGUCGCGAGCCCGAACGCAGCUGAGCAUAACCGAGGUGAACCUCCGCAGCGUAAAAGCCGUAAACUCAACCGCCGUCGGUCUCGAGUGGCACGUGGCAGGCGACAAGGACUUCAUCGAGGGCUACUACAUUCGCUUUAAGGACAUGGGCGGCAGCACCAACAAGUACAACAUGGUGACCGCUUGGGGCAGCAAAGUUUCCCGCUAUGUUCUCAAGGAUCUGAAAAAGUUCACGAAGUACGAGGUAUUUCUAGUGCCGUUCUACAAGAAUGUCGAAGGGCCCCCGAGCAACACGCGAGCUGCGACAACGCUCGAGGAUGUUCCCUCCGCGCCUGUCAACGAGAUCUCCGUCAAUGUGGUGAACAUUAGCAGCGUCUGGGUGCAGUGGAAACCGCCCCCAAGUCAACAUCGCAACGGGCUCCUGUUGGGUUAUAAGCUGCUCCUGCUCGGCCCGCUCGACACCAUGAACCAGAACGUCCUCACGAACACGACGCAUUACGUUUUCAACAACCUGAUCGAAGCCAUGCGUUACAAGCUGCAAGUGUUGCCAUUCACGGCUGUGGGCGACGGUCCGCCGAGCCAUUUCGUCGAUUUCUCCACCGACGAACUCUCCCAACCCGUGGCCAUCAGCAGUCCCUUCAUCCACGAACGAUGGUUCAUCCUGAUGUUGAGCUUCAUCUUCUGUUUCUUGUUGAUCACCAUCGGUAUUCUGCUCUACCUGUGCAGAAGACAGUACGCCUUGAAAACCACUGUUUCGGCGGUGCCCGUCACGAAGGGAGCCGAUCUCAAUAACUGUUUCGCGAGUCUCACUCACCCGGUGAACGAUAACUGGACUGGUAUUAACAGCUAUACGGAGAAUAACAAGACUGUAUACGAGAAUAAGCUGAGUGCGCUCGACGGGAUCGACUAUGGCGCUGAGUACGCACUCCCCGACGUGAAGGAAAGCGAAUACGCUGAAGUCGGCCAGAACCUCAACACGUUUGGCAAGCGAUUUGUUUACCAGCAGCAAACACCGGAACCCUAUGCAUCAACAACCCUAGUCGCUCCCUUGGACUUCACUUCGAGAACUGGCAACGGAGUAACGAUCAAGUCGCUGGCAACGCGAGCCUCGGUCACUAGAUAUUCGAACACACUCGGGCCUCAAGCUCCUCAUGAACUCGAUAAUUUACUCCAGGCGAAUAGUACAAGCGUAAACAGUGGCUCGGGCGACUCGGCGAGCUUCGGACGUCGGAGCGGUCUUAGCGGUGGAUCUCAUACGGAGUGCAGUAGUUGCGCGGGCGUCCACCUCGAGGACGAAUGUGACGAGCCCAUUUACAACACGGUCCCGGACGAACUCGACCCGUUUGAGAGGAAUUUCAGCUGCCAACGACAAAGAGUAGACAAGAAGCUAAAAAUAAAAAAUUGCAAUUUCAACUCGUUACAACACAUGGACGACAGCAUCACGGUGCCUUCAUACAGCAAAUCUCUCUGUUCGCCCUCGACACCUGCAGCGAGCCGCAGGAGCGGCGCUAGUACCCGAGCGCAGCUGUAA